UGUAGAGAAAUAUGAAACGCAGUGGGAGCAGAAAUUGUUUGAAUAGGAGAAGUAGGUUUGGUUCUCGAGAAAGAGACUGGCUGAGAGAAGAUGUGAAGAGAGGCUGUGUUUACCUUUAUGGAGCAGACACGUCCACUGCCACUACAACCACCACCUCCUCUGCCUCCUCUGCCUCCUCCUCCUCCUCUGACUUACAUCUUGUCCUUUGCACAGUAGAGACUCCAGCAUCAGAAAUAUGUGCUGGAGAGGGAAGGGAAAGUCUUUAUUUACAGCUUCAUGGAGACCUGGUCAGAUACAAAUGCAAAAAUGUCCUCAGGAGACUGGAACCUACUGAACGACCUCUUCAGAUUGUUUAUGAGUACCUAUCCAGGCUGGGAUAUGACGAUCCUGUGCGCAUACAGGAGGAGGCAACAAAUCCUGACCUCGGCUGUAUGCUUCGAUUUUAUGGUGAAAAACCAUGCCAGAUGGAUCAUCUGGAUCGAAUCCUUCUCUCUGGCAUCUAUAAUGUACGCAAGGGGAAGACCCAGCUGCAUAAAUGGGCUGAACGCCUGGUUGUUCUCUGUGGCACCUGCCUCAUCGUUUCCUCAGUAAAGGAUUGUCAAACUGGAAAGAUGCACAUUUUGCCUCUGGUUGGGGGAAAGGUAGAAGAAGUGAAACGAAGGCAGUACUCCCUUGCAUUCAGCUCGGCUGGAGCUCAGGCUCAGACUUAUCAUGUCAGCUUUGAGACUUUGGCUGAGUACCAGAGAUGGCAACGGCAGGCAUCCAAGGUGGUGUCCCAGCGAAUCAGUACUGUUGAUCUCUCAUGUUACAGCCUUGAGGAGGUUCCUGAACAUCUCUUCUACAGUCAAGAUAUCACCUACCUCAACUUGCGACACAACUUCAUGCAAUUAGAAAGACCAGGGGGCCUUGACACUCUUUACAAAUUUUCUCAGCUGAAGGGCCUAAACUUGUCCCAUAAUAAACUUGGGUUAUUUCCUGUAUUGUUAUGUGAGAUUUCUACCCUGACUGAGCUAAAUCUUUCCUGUAAUGGAUUUCACGACCUGCCAAGUCAGAUUGGCAAUCUCCUAAAUCUUCAAACUCUCUGUCUUGAUGGCAACUUUCUGAAUACUUUGCCUGAAGAAUUGGGAAAUCUGCAACAGCUUUCCUCCCUUGGAAUUUCCUUCAACAACUUUAGUCAAAUUCCUGAGGUUUAUGAGAAACUCACUAUGUUAGAUAAAGUGGUUAUGGCAGGAAAUCGACUGGAAGUCCUAAACCUAGGGUUGCUGAACAGGAUGAGUCAUAUCAAACACGUAGAUUUAAGGAUGAACCAUUUGAAAACCGUGGUUAUUGAAAAUCUGGAGGGAAAUAAAUACAUCACCCAUAUGGAUUUGCGGGACAAUCAGCUGACUGACUUAGAUCUCAGCUCCUUGUGUAGCUUGGAGCAGCUGCAUUGUGAGCGGAACCAGCUGAGGGAACUGACACUCAGUGGCUUCUCCCUUCGAACUCUCUACGCCAGUUCUAACAGGCUGACAGCAGUGAAUGUCUAUCCAGUACCCAGUCUUCUCACUUCUCUAGAACUUUCCAGAAACCUGCUGGAGUGUGUCCCUGACUGGGCCUGUGAAGCAAAGAAGAUAGAAAUAUUAGAUGUGAGCUACAAUCUUCUGACAGAGGUUCCUAUGAGAAUUCUUAGUAGCUUGAGUCUUAGAAAACUGAUGGUGGGACACAAUCAUGUGCAAAACCUCCCAAUGCUAGUGGAGCACAUCCCUCUCGAGGUGUUGGACAUUCAACAUAACCUACUCACCAGACUGCCGGAUACCCUCUUCUCCAAGGCCUUAAACCUCAGAUACUUGAAUGCAUCCGCAAAUAGUCUGGAGUCUUUGCCAUCUGCUUGUGCUGGGGAGGAGAGUCUGAGUGCCCUGCAGCUGCUCUAUCUGACCAACAAUCUCCUGACAGAUCAGUGCGUGCCCGUCCUGGUGGGGCACCCGCACCUGCGAAUCUUGCAUCUUGCAAACAACCAGCUACAAACUUUUCCUGCAAGCAAACUAAAUAAAUUGGAACAAUUGGAGGAACUGAACCUAAGUGGCAACAAGCUUAAAACCAUUCCCACGACCAUAGCGAACUGCAAAAGGCUGCACACCCUUGUCGCACACUCCAACAACAUCAGCAUUUUCCCAGAAAUACUGCAGUUGCCUCAGAUCCAGUUUGUAGACCUGAGUUGCAAUGACUUGACAGAAAUCCUGAUUCCGGAGGCUCUGCCUGCUGCCUUGCAAGACCUUGAUCUGACUGGAAAUACCAAUCUGGUUCUGGAACACAAGACACUGGACACAUUUAGUCAUAUCACAACCCUGAAAAUUGAUCAGAAACCUUUGCCUACCACUGAUUCUACAGUGACAUCAACUUUUUGGAGCCAUGGACUAGCUGAGAUGGCAGGGCAGAGAAAUAAGCUGUGUGUAUCUUCGCUAGCUGUGGAUAACUUUGCAGAGGGGGUGGGAGCUGUGUAUGGCAUGUUUGAUGGUGACCGAAAUGAGGAGCUGCCUCGCCUGCUCCAGUGUACCAUGGCAGAUGUCCUUUUGGAAGAGGUACAGCAGUCAACAAAUGACACAAUUUUCAUGGCUAACACCUUCUUGGUAUCUCACAGGAAAUUAGGGAUGGCUGGUCAGAAGUUGGGCUCCUCUGCUCUUCUUUGUUAUAUCCGCCCUGACACUGCUGAUCCAACAAGUAGUUUUAGCUUGACGGUGGCCAACGUUGGCACGUGCCAAGCAGUCCUGUGCCGAGGUGGGAAACCAAUGCCCCUCUCUAAAGUCUUCAGCCUGGAACAGGAUUCGGAGGAGGCCCAAAGGGUGAAGGACCAAAAAGCCAUCAUAACAGAGGAUAACAAAGUGAAUGGGGUAACCUGCUGUACCCGGAUGCUGGGCUGCACAUACCUCUACCCUUGGAUCCUCCCCAAGCCCCACAUAUCUUCCACUACACUUACCAUUCAAGAUGAGUUGCUGAUUCUGGGAAACAAAGCAUUGUGGGAACACUUGUCAUAUACAGAUGCUGUCAGUGCAGUACGUCAUGUACAAGACCCAUUAGCAGCUGCCAAGAAGCUGUGCACAUUAGCCCAGAGCUAUGGUUGUCAGGACAAUGUGGGGGCGAUUGUGGUUUAUUUGAACAUUGGUGAGGAAGGCUGCACUUGUGAGAUGAAUGGGCUCAGCCUCCCAGGUCCUGUGGGAUUUGCUUCAACCACCACCAUCAAGGACCCUCUCAAGCCAACCACUCCUUCCUCCAGCAGUGGUAUUGCUUCUGAGUUCAGCAGUGAGAUGUCGACUUCAGAGGUGAGCAGUGAGGUGGGAUCCACUGCUUCUGAUGAACAUAACACUGUUGGCCUAGAUGCUGGCUUGCUUCCAAGGCCAGAGAGGCGCUGCAGCCUCCACCCAACACCCAACUCGGGGGUUUUUCAGCGCCAGCCUUCUUGUGCAACUUUCUCAAGUAACCAGUCUGACAAUGGCCUGGACAGUGAUGAUGACCAGCCCGUUGAAGGGGUCAUAACGAAUGGCAGCAAGGUAGAAGUGGAAGUAGACAUCCACUGCUGUAGAGGGAGGGAGAACUCGCCCACUCUUGCAGAGCGUUCUCCUGCCCCGUGUCCUGAGGAACAUGGCAGAGGAUUAUUUUGGGGGAUCCGAAGACAGAACAGCGUGAAUAGUGGCAUACUUCUGCCAGCGAGCAAGGACAAGAUGGAGUUACAGAAGUCUCCCUCCACUUCCUGUCUCUAUGGAAAGAAGCUCUCCAAUGGCUCCAUUGUACCCCUAGAAGAGAGCCUGAACCUCAUUGAAGUGGCCACAGAAGCACCCAAAAAGAAAACUGGCUAUUUUGCUGCCCCCACUCAGCUGGAGCCAGAGGAUCAGUUUGUUGUGCCUCGUGACCUAGAAGAAGAAGUGAAGGAGCAAAUGAAGCAACACCAGGAAAGCAGGCCCGAGCCUGAGCCUAAUGAAGAGGAUCGGACCGAGCUCCCGGAGGAGUUUGACACAGCACUGUAAUCCUCCCCCGGCAGC